UGGGAGCCUCUGCGAUCCAUAUGGAAACAAUGAGGAGCUAUGCUCUGUCCACCUGCCUGCUCCUGCUGCUUGCAGUCAUCUCUGGGAGGAGUUCAGAAUCUCCAGAAUCUCCAGAAUCUCCAGAAUCUUCAGAAUCUCCAGAAUCUCCAGAAUCUCCAGAAUCUCCAGAAUCUCCGUCCAACAGUAUAAACACCACCACCAUGGCUCCACAGAAUGCCAGCUCUGACACAUCCUCCCAGAAUGUUGUGACCCCAGUUGCUGCUGCCCCCGAGCCUGAAUUCCUGCCCAUCCCCACCCAAAGCAGCCCUUCACCCAAUGAGGAGCCAGAAGCUCCCCCAGAUGUGGUCAUCCCCACCGAAAGCCCUUCGGCCAAUCAGGUGCCAGCUGCUCCUCAAGUCAUCACCAACGACAGCAGCCCUUCGUCCAAUGAGACAACAGCUACUCCUGAAGUUACCCCUGUUCAGCUCAACAGCACUGAGGCCCCCCCUGCUCCUCCCCCGCAGACAACGGUCAUAUUAGCCGGUGCCACCCAGCUGGGCUCUUUCACCACCAUCCUGGAACUUCUGUUUUCUACCCUGAUUCUCUGUCUCUCCCUCUGAGAAUAAGUCUAGGCUACAGGCAGUGUCAGGGAGCAGCUUAAAUACAUGUGGCUAAACUAUUAGUUUAAUAACAUUUUUCAGCAUUUUGCUUGUUGUUGAACUAGCACUAUCCAAAUGUGUGUAGUGGUUGUAGUAGUUAAUUCCUAUUUUGACAUUUUGAGGUGUAUUUAACUGCAGAAACUACUAACUCAUUUUGGCCCUAAAAUAUGUUUUUCCCAAACCCCUUUGACCAAAUACCACAUCAAUUCUCUCUUUUCCUUCUAAUCCUGAUUGGUGAGAAGCACUCUGUUGAACUAUACAGUAGUUACCAAGAGUCAACUGCAAAUUGCCACACAUUGCUGGUUCUCCCCAUUCACCUUUACAGUAGUUCUCCCAGCAUGCAAAAAGAAAGCAUUGCUCACACACGCACAUGUAUAGUUUCCCCAAAAUUGGCUAUAGGUGGCUUCAUGCACCUCAUUCUGCAUUCCAUUAACACCCUGCUGUAGAGAGAGGGCACCACUUCUGACAACUUUAACCCCCCACGCCCCACAUCCAGCUGUUUUGCAGUGAGAGAUCCCAAGGCCUUCACUGGUCCUCAGUCACCAUUUUAUUCUUCUGAUGAGAAUCUGUCUUUCCACAUCAGGAAAACUGUGCCACUAGUACUGCUAUUUCAGUGAAUGUAGUACUGAGGGGAACCUCCUGCCAACUUUAGCAACAUAAGAAGUGAACUUAAUGCUGUAAAUAUAUGCCUUAUUUCAAAUGAGCAACUCAUUUUGUCUGUUUUUAUAGCUGAAUUAUAGAAGCAAUUCAGACCUUUAUUUCUCAAUGGCAUAAUGGCAGUGCUGUAGCUGAGUCAUACCAGCAGACUGAACUCAUGACUUACUGACAGAACAGCGACACACCUUAUCUUUUUUCCAUAACGUUUUUGCUAAAUGAGAAGAAUUUUCCAAUGAG